CCAGUUUGGGGACGCGUGGGGCCUACACAGGAUGGAGCCCGGCUCAGGCUCGCUAUUCCCGGCGUUUGGUGAAAGGAAAGCACUUUGUGGAAGCAGGUCUGAAGGACUGAAUUGGCUCAGUAAUCAAAGCUUCUGCACUGAAGAUGCCCUGCAGCUGCACCAUCGCAUUGUGGGGACUGCAGCAGACUCGGCCCAGGGGUCACCCCAGGCAAGUGUUUGUUCAAAAUUACCUGGGGGUGUGUUGGACCAUGCCGAAGCAGAUGUCCCAGCCAAAAGGAGGAAGAAGAAAAAGAAGAAACAUCGGCAACACAAAAAGGAUAAGACGAAAAAUAGGGAGGAUCGCACCAGCAGCGACUCUGAUCCUGAGUUACUCGGAGAUAAAGCCAAAGAUGCUUGUGCAGUGAGGUCUGAAGCCAGUUCUGAUCUUCCUCAGGGUAAAUUCAUGUGGCUGGAUGACCUCCAUUCACAGACUACACAGACCUUCUGUAUUGAUAGAAAGGCUGAUCCUGCCAACUGGGAGUACAAAUCACUCUAUCGUGGAGAUCUGGCAAGAUAUAAGAGGAGCAUGGACGCCUGCCUUGGCCUCAACACCAAAAAGCAGCACGUUAUCUGGGAAGAUUCAUCCCGAAAGAAGAAAAAGGCAAAGAAAAGAGAUGAUCGAUAUUACAGCACAUCUAGCCUUCAGCUCUUGAACACUGACUCAGUUCCUGUUCACCGUGGAGAGGCUUUACAAGAAGAUGUUCCUGUGCCUGGCCCAGGCUCCUUCAUACGAGUUCCAGACUGGGUAGAGAAUGACGGUAAAUGCUCAGGCACCAUCACCUGCUUCAAUCCGCUUGGGAUUUAUGAUGCAUCCACCACUCUGUGGCUACAGGGAAAAGGCCUAGAGGAGCAGGCAGAGCAAGUCCGAGUGCCCCUGGACAGCAGUGAGAAGAUAAACUCAACUACAAUGGCCAGAGUGGAGAAGUUCAAUAGAAUGUUGAGAGAAGACCCUGGGAAUGUCCGAACCUGGAUGGAGUUUGUUCAUUUUCAGGAUGAAUUAAUGAAAGGCCCAAAUCCAUAUACAGCCACUGCAGAGGAAGCUGAAAAAAGGAAGAGGUCACGACGGGUUGUCUUGGAGAAGAAGCUGGCCAUUUUGGAACAGGCCAUUGAAAGCAAUCCCAACAACGCUGAACUGAAAGUAGCCCGGCUGGAGCUCGCCAAGGAAUCUUGGGAACCGUCCACUCUGGUCAGUGAAUGGAAAAAAGUGGUCUUUCUUCACCCAAACCACACCGCCCUCUGGCAGAGGUACCUCCUGUUCUGCCAGAGCCAGUUCAGCACCUUCUCGACAUCGAAGGUGAGCAGUAUCUACGGCAAGUGCCUCAGCACUCUGGCAGCUGCUCUGGAUGGUACCCUAUUAUCCCAUCCUGCGUUACCUGACACGGAAGAAGCCAUGCUUGCAAUUUUCCUGCAGCAGUGUCAUUUCUUGCGACAGACUGGCCACUCAGAGAAAGCCAUUGCCCUCUUCCAGGCUCUCAUUGACUUCACCUUCUUCAAACCUGACAGUGUUGCUGGCCUGAUAACCAAGGCACAGGUAGAAUUCUUUGAGCCGUUCUGGGACAGUGACGAACCCCGGUUCGGAGAAGAAGGCGCAAGAGGCUGGAAGGCGUGGAUGCGGCAGCAGGAAAAGGGUGGCUGGGUUGUCCUGAAUGAGCAAGUUGAUGACGAGGAGGAGGAUGAAGAUGGGGAAGAGAUCAGUGAUAAGUCACUACCCAAGUGGCAGCUCUGGAUACAGGUGGAGAGCGCCCGUGACUCCAAACACUGGUUGCCAUGGCGAGCUGAUAAGGCAAAGCGUCAGACUGAAGAGGACUGUGAGGAUCCUGACAGACAGGUGCUGUUUGACGACGUUGGUUCUUCAAUGUUCAAAAUCUCCAGCCCACAUCUGAAGUUCCAGCUCAUGUCCUCCUUCUUCCAGUUUCUGGGAAUUCCAGCUGGGUGCAGCCUCCCUCCCUCCUGCCUGAACGUGGCGUUGGAUGAGCUCAGCCUGUUUGGAGGCGGUUCGAGUGACAGGAGACCGCUGUCUUGGUCUGACUCUCCAGCCUCUGGGGUCAGUGCUGUCGGGUUCAUGGCUGCAGUGCCCAAUCAGCGGAGGACAGCUGGCCACUGCAGAGAAGGGGAGGACUUCAUACGGACAGCGUUUCACCAGGCCUUGCCCCUGUUUGCCGGGGAAGAACGGUCAGAGCUUGCACUGAGCUGGCUGCGGUAUGAAAAAUCCAAGGUUGUGAGGAGCCUGCAGUUCAGGAACAAGAAACAGCUGAAAUCUCAGGGGAAGAGGAGCAAGAAACUAGCCAAAAACCUUCUGAAGGAGACUGAAAACAGGAACAAUCUGGCCCUCUGGAAGGAAUACGCCCACUUGGAAUGGCUACUGGGCAAUGUGGAGGACUCGAGAAAAGUCUUUGACACAGCCAUCGCUAUGGCUGUCACUCAGGGCCUGAAGAGCUCCGCACUGUGUGAUCUCUGCUUCCUCUAUGCCUCACUGGAGCUGGAGUUAAUGGGGAGCAUUGCCAGGUCAGCAACAUGUCGAGCAGUUUACAUCCUAACCAGAUUUGCCCAGGGUGAUGCCUAUUCACCUUACACAGGUGAAGCACUCCCAGUUAAUGUCCUUAAGGCUCGAAAAACAUAUGAGCAUUGUUUACAGGACUGGUUAACCAAUGACUUAACUUCACCACGCCUGUCACCUGGUCAGCUGGUAAGCCUCGUAGCUUGUUUUGCGCUCUUCCAGUACCUCACAGUGGGCAUUCAGGCUGCUGACGCACUCUACAAGCAGGCUUCUGAAAGGCUUAUAGGCCUCUCCUCCUCAUUGGACAAAAUGCAACCCGCCAAGAGCACCUGGGGACACAGUGUGAUAUCUGCUUCCGAGAGGCUGACCAUGAUGCACGUGACGCUGCUGAAGUUCCACAUGAGGACCAGUGUGUAUCCAUUGGGACCUCUUCGCGAGACUCUUACACGUGCUUUGAGGCAGUACCCUGGUAACCACGAUCUUUGGGAGCUGUACUUGCAGGUUGAGAGCAAAUCUCACAGUGCCAGCCGGGCCAGAAAGUUCUUUGAUGCCAUCACCAGGACUGCAAAGAACAUAAUCCUGCCAUGGCUGUUUGCAAUUUAUGCAGAAGAGCGGAGAAAGGAACGUGUCGAUUCUGUGCAAAGGGCUGAUGUUGGGCCUGUGUACAGCACUCUCCCAGAAACAGGUCUUAGCAAUCGAAUCAAAGCACUGUUUGAGCAUGCUGUUCAGUCGGAGGCUGGUGUGCACUGUGUUUUACUCUGGAGGAUGUACCUGAGCUUUACUGUUACUCAAGGGAAUGUUGAGAGGAUAAAGGGCCUGUUUUAUCGAGCUCUACAGGCGUGUCCCUGGGCAAAGGUCCUGUACCUGGAUGCAGUUGGCCACUUACCUGGGCAACUCCAAGAAAUAUUGGACUUAAUGACUGAAAAGGAGAUCCGAAUCCGUAUUCCUAUUGAGGAACUGGAAAUUCUCAUGGAAGAUUGAGCGGGGAAGAAAGAAGAGUUGUAUUUACAUAGUGCCUUUCACAUCCUUCACUGUCGGAAAUGAGGCAGACAAUUAGUGCAAAGCCAAGCUCCCAACAACAGCAAUGAGAUAAAUGACCAAAUAAUGUAUUGACUGGGGGAUGAAUGUUGGCCAGGGCAGCUGUUAUGUAGGUAAAUGCAGAAGCACUGACAGCAAGAAGUUCCCAACAAUCCAUUGGGACCAAUUUGGUGAAACUGGUUGAGUGGGAAAUGUCAGCAGGAUAUCGAGCAAACAGCCUCCUCUUUAAAUGGUACCACGGGAUCUUUGAUAUUCACCAAAACCAGCAGAUGGGACGCAGUUUAACGUCUCAUCCUAAGGAUGGAUUAUUAAACAUUCGAUAGGAGGAUCUAAAGAAACUUAGAAUAUUUAUUUUGUAAUAAAUGAUAAAACAUGUACAGUUACUGUUUAUUUGUAUUUAUAUUGUUUGCUGAGCUGGAAAGUAAAGUUUGCGAAUUAUAUUU